CCUCUUGCUAUACCACCCUUUUACAAAACCCCAACCCCCCUUUAAAAACAACUUCAUCAAAAUGACUGGCGGAAAGUCUGGUGGCAAGGCUAGCGGCAGCAAGAACGCUCAGUCCCGUUCCUCCAAGGCCGGUCUGGCCUUCCCCGUCGGUCGUGUCCACCGUCUGCUCCGCAAGGGAAACUACGCCCAGCGUGUCGGUGCCGGUGCCCCUGUCUACCUCGCUGCCGUCCUUGAGUACCUCGCUGCCGAGAUCCUCGAGUUGGCUGGUAACGCCGCUCGUGACAACAAGAAGACCCGUAUCAUUCCCCGUCACCUUCAGCUCGCCAUCCGUAACGAUGAGGAGUUGAACAAGCUUCUGGGUCACGUCACCAUCGCCCAGGGUGGUGUUCUCCCCAACAUUCACCAGAACCUUCUGCCCAAGAAGACCCCCAAGGCUAAGGGCAGCGGCAGCCAGGAGCUGUAAAUGGUUCCUUUUGUUUCCCAAGGGUUUAUU